AUGUCCACGAGUUCUUUAGUGCCGGACUUGCAUGAUAGUGCUCAGUCCGCUGUAGAAAGAUGGAUUGAUCCCCAAACUAACUUGCCUAAGUUCCAACGCAAAUGCGACUCGAAUCUAGAGGAGCGGACCGUCGCCGCGAUGGAGCUGUUUCGAGCUUUUUAUCCAUCUAUCACGAAAGCCUCGAAGGCACUGUCUGUUCCCUAUAAGAGACUGUGGUCGCGUCUCCAAGGCUGUCACCCGAAGUCAGAAAAUGGAGGUAACCGUAGCCUGUUCCAGCCGGCGGAGGAGAGAGAGAUUUUGUGCUAG